AUGCGGUACUUUACGAAUUUAGGCUGGGGAAGCCUUGCCAGCCUCGCUAGUAUGGCCGGUUCUGCCUUCGCGGAUGCUACCACAGAGCAGAGUGACACGAUUCCGUCCGGAUCUGGUGGCGCCCUCGAAUUCAUCGCAGACAACAAGCUCACCCCCGGUGUAUACGGUGCUGCUCUCCUAGCUACAACUGAAACAGACACUGUUGAUCUUGGUUAUGUGGAGAUCCCUCGUUGCGAUUCAAAUCAGGUUACAGUCUACAAAUUCAUCCGUCGAGAUCUCAUCUUCUACAGUUACCUCUAUACCUAG